AUGAAGAUAAAAGAGCUAUAUUUGUCCAAAGAAGAUUGUUCACCAAAUGAAGAAUCUGACGUCUUUAAUGAGAACAUUUUUUUUAAGAAAAAUCAUAUUCCAGAAAAAAAUAUACCUCUGGGUGAAGAUGAUGAGCUCGAAAAACAGAAAUUCUACAACUCCACCAUUUUAUUGGUUAUAUUAUUGAAAUG